AUGUCCUACUGUCCCAGCAACCCUGAGGAAAUUGAUCAGCACUUCGAGAUCACGUUGGAAAUCUUGUGGAAACUAGCCCAAACCCCGCCUGGUUUUCAGCAAGGAUCCUGUAUUCCUCAGACUGCCCAUGAUACCCUGUUCUCUGGGAAUCAGAUGUUAACUGCCGAUGGGUAUCAGGCUUUUGAUGAACUGCGGAAGAAAUACGGCUAUGACCAGAAAAACCACUAUGGUCAGACGCCAUCCUGCAGUCCAAUGUCAAUCCAGGGUGGUGAACAGAGCCACAGUAGGUAUGAGAUAUCAGCCUACAGAUGUGACCAGGAUUUCUGGGUGCAUCAACAGAUGACAAGUCCAGUGGGUAGCCAGCCUCUCUGGGACGGUCAUCCGCAAACUCCUGGAUUGGACAUCAUUCAAGACUGGGGCACGUCCCCAAGACGGAGUGAGGAAUACAACCUGUUCCAGUGUCUGGACACUACUCCCAGCUGGGAAGACAAUUCCUUGGGUCAGGUGAAGACCACCUCAGUAGAUGAGAAUGUCUUCUCAGGUCAGAAGCCAUCACCCACUGUUGGAGGAAGCCACAGUGUUCAGGUGACUUCAUUUGGAAACCAAACCCUACAUGUGGAUGGUUCUACACACCCUGCCAGUUCCUUUGGGGCCCAAGGUCAAGCUCGGGGGAGCUUUUCAGAUUUCCCUUCAGCCCAGGGACAGCUUCCACAAGAGAAGUCACACCUGGACACUCAGAGUCCUGGGACCCAGAAGAAUUCUGCCACUGGGAGAUUCUUCUGUACCUACCAGGGCUGUGGGAAAUCUUACACAAAGUCUUUCCACCUCAAAGACCAUAUGAAGAAACACACUGGGGAGAAGGCCUAUGUGUGCAGUGAUCCUGGAUACCAGUGGAAAUUUUACCGCUCUGGAGAUCUCCAAAGACACAAGAGAAAGCACGGUGGACAGCGUCUUCACCCUUGUGCUAGGUGCGACAAGAAUUUUUCCAGACUGAAUUAUCUCAAGCAGCACCAGAGGGUCUGUCCUGGAGCCUUAUCAAACCCUGGAACCUGA